AUGGGCGACGAGCGGACUCUUUUUACUCUGCCUGAUAUCCUUCGCGAUAUUCCUGACAGUAGAAUCAUUCAGAUGCGAGAGCGAAUUCGCUUUAUCUGGAGCACCUACUUUUCUUCUCUGCGAUCAAUUAUUAUGACCACGCUGGAGGUUCUUGUAAUAUGGCAGUGUGACCUUCUACCACCUUCGGAGCGCCACCUGUCGGAACUUUUUGGUCGUGAAACCUCUGUCUGGCUUCCACCGGCUGGCAGUUCUCGCGACGGACACGAGACAGUCUCUCUCUCCGACCGUUUUCUCCCGGUCUCAGACAUCCCGACUCUUGCGGUUUGGAGUCUUGAACUUAGUUCUACCAACCUCACCAGCACAGCAAUGCGGCCUUUUUACUUUGGACUGAAUACCCUGAUCGCCUCGUUGGCUUUAACCCUCGCCAUCAUCUGUGGAACUCGAGUUCGAGCACUUGGCAGUAUUCUGCUAACCCUCUUGAGGCGGAGUACUAUUCCAUAA